CAACGCCGCUGGGAUUCCUGAGGAUUACCCAUAGUGCCCCGCGGGUAAAGAUGGCUACGGAUGUUCCAAGCAGAGGAUCAACUUUUCUCUGAGCGGCGCUGAGCGGAUUCUCUGCCGCCUAACGGAGUUCCUCGGUGGGCUGCUUCUCGCUACCCUCACCGUGGGCUCUGUCACCGGAGUGUCCGGCUUAUCUGUCCGUCUCGCUGGACCACAGCUCUCCUCCCGGGCCUUGGAUCGGUUCGGAACCCGCUCCUUGUCCGCCUCGCCGGGAGAGCAGCGGAGCUCCGGCUGAAGUUUCUCCGGGACAGGUCGGUGAAGCCCCACGCCGUCUCAGGAGACCACAGGAGCGAGGAGGCUCCCAUGCUCUCAGGAGGAGGAGGAGACAGAGGACAGAACAUCAUAGGAUGAAGAGAUUGAGGUUCCUUCACUUCUGUGGAUGAAGUCUGUGCAGGAGAAGCUCACAGUUCAGGACUGAAGGACCAACCAAACAGGAAGGAUGUCCAGCGCUGCCUCGGCUAGAAAACCAUACCGGAAGGCUCCGCCUCAGCACCGCGAGACGCGCCACACCCUCCCUACUGCUCCGCCACCACCUGCGCUGCAGCCCGACAUCAGUCAGGAGGCUUUAUCAGACUCGGACCGGAUCAGAAUUCUCCAGCAGCAGAAUGAGGACCUGCGCCGCCGACUCUCACUCUCCACCCAUAAGAUGGAGACCAUGGAGGUGGAGUUUGAGGGCAGCCGGCAGUACAUGGAGGCGGAGCUGAGCCGGACUAGAGAUGACCUGGACAAAAUGAGGGACAAGUUCCGAAGACUCCAGAACAGCUACACUGCAUCUCAAAGAGCCAAUCAGGACCUGGAGGAGAAGCUCCAUGCUCUGCUACGGAAGGUGGAGAGGGACAAAAAGACGAUGGACCAGGAGAUUGUGGAGCUCACCAAUAAGCUGCUGGAUGCCAAGAACACCAUUGACCGACUGGAAGAGCUCAAUGAGCGCUACAGACAGGACUGCAACUUGGCUGUUCAGCUGCUCAAAUGCAACAAGUCACACUUCAGGAACCACAAGUUUGCUGACUUGCCCUCGGAGCUUCAGGACAUGCUGAACAAGCACAUGAAGAGCAGCCUUCCGGAACGAGGCCCCGCCCCCAGUGCUCAGGACCCGGACACGCUCAGUUUGACCCCUGCCGAUGUGGUGCCAACCUCAGUCAUCGCUCGGGUCCUGGAGAAACCUGAGCCACUGGUUCUGAACUCCGCCCAAUCCAGUAGCUGCGGCCGGCCCGUUGCUGAGGAUGUCUUUGUCCACGUGGACAUGACUGGUCCCACCGGUGCUGAGUCCAGGGAGAACGGUGCAGCCCAGGAGGCACCACAGCAGAACGGUUCCUGUCGGAGUCAGAGCAGCCUAGAUGAGGACGUGGGAGGAACCCAGUCUUUUGAGAAGCUAAACCCGUACCCUGCGCCACUGCCGCCCCACCCGCUUUACCCUGGACGCAAGGUCAUCGAGUUCUCAUCUGACGACAAGGUGAAGAUCCCCAAGAACUCUCCUCUGCCCAACUGCACUUAUGCCACCCGGCAGGCCAUCUCCCUCAGCCUGGUGCAGAAUGAUGAUGAGAGGCUUGCCCCUGGAAGCCCUGCCCCAUCAUCCUCUUCUGGUGGUGGGGGCGGUGCCAGCCAUCGUACACCUCCAUCACAGCGCGAUGCCACCAGUGAGCCUCUGUCCAGCGAGUCCAGCCCGUUCAGCAGUCCACCACAGGCUCCAAGCAUCCCUGCGAGCUCCGGUAGCUCUGAGGAGGAUCUUCUGGCCAACUGGCAGCGGAUGUUUGUGGAGAAAAUGGCGCCUUCCUGCGAUGGGUCUUUGAUGCACCGCACAUCGUUCAACAGUCAGACAGUCCAGGAGCUGCAGAGGAGGAGACAGGCAGUGGGGGGAGGAGCAUCAUCUUCUUCGGACCACCAUAGAGCGGCGUACUCUGAUGGAGAGGAAGGAUCUUCAGCGAGGAGCUGGACACCAAGCCGUGGCUCCAGUUUGGACACUGACACCGACACAGAACCACGACCCAGCAGGAGAGGUCGGUCAGCUGGCCGCGACUGCUCUGGGGGGGAGCAGCUGCUGAUGAACCUGGAGGACGUUGAUGAUGCCACUCUGACAACAGUCACCAUGACGACCGGCUCCACAGACACCCAGAGGAAAGAUGAGGAUGAUGAUGACAGCUCAGCUGAAGAGCGAGACAUCCUACCCAAUGAUCUGCCUGUCAUCACGUCCCACCUACUCGAAUUUGACUCUGCCCUCGGCGCUGUCACUUCCCCUCAUCGCCCUCAGAAGAGCCCGAAGAGGAUGGGGGUGCACCACCUGCACCGUAAGGACAGCCUGACCCGAGCCCAGGAGCAAGGCACGCUGCUGGACUGACCUGAAUGUCUCUAAGGCAACCAGGUGACAGGCCCCUCCCAUCCAGGAUAUAGCCAUACCUUACCGUAUGCUGCCGAGCUCGCUGCAUGACCUGAGUGUGUAUUAUAGGCCAUCAGCUGAUCAGUGUCAGAACCUAUCUGUAAACGACCUGGCACCAUGGUUUGUUUACACACACACGCGCACACACACACACACACACACAGCAGUUUAGAAAUGAUCAGACUGAAUCUGUUUGAAGGUGAUCCUGGUGGCAUCAGCUGAUCACAGAUCAUAGGUUUACUUUAGGACAGCUCGUGUGUUGAAGGCUUGAGUCACAUGACCGGUUCUGGUUCUGAAUGCUGCUGCUUUCAUCAUUUCAGAGCAAAACGAAAAAAGCCUUUCCACAGGUUUGGUUUCUGUAACUAGGGCUUUUAUUUUGAAAAUGUCAGCCGAGACACAACUGAAUGAAUUCACAUGUAGGUGCACUCUCACACACACAUACACAAACUCUUAGUGCCUCCUACUUCCUGUGUGUCAGGUUGUGAGCACGUUGCCGGGCCUGUGAAGGGUCAGAGUUUUAUUUUGGCAUCUCUACUGAUCACUAAUUUCCUAUCACCUGUAAAAAUGCAUUAAGCUAAUUCGUUGGUUGGUAUUGAUUGGCCCCUCCCUUGAGGUUGAUUGCACUGCAGGGGAUGGAGCUUUACCACAGUCACACCUGGAAUGUACUGUCAACACAUCUGUUUUACUUUGUUGUGAAUGGUUGAUUUACUGUCACAGGUGUUUUUUGUCGGUCUACGGGAGCCUGUUGGUGCCACAAACACUUUCUGUAGGGCUGAGUUUGGUUUAAUUGGUUCAGAGCAACAAUAAUGAUGUAGAACAGCGGUACUCGCUAUCUACUACACCUGAGUCGGUGUGAGAAUCACCUGCAGCAGCUCAUCAGGCUCUGCAGAAGCCUGUUAAUCACCUGCUGACUGACACCAGGUGUGGCAAACACAACGUGCUGUCCCUCCAGGACCAGGACUGAGUACCACUGAUGUAAAAGCAGCUGCUAUACCCCACAGUGCCCCUUGGCGGACCAGAGAAACAGCAGCUCUGUUUUUGGCACCUUUAGGCUUCCGUAUUUAAUGCUUGCCGUGGAUAUGGAGCCACCGCCUCCUCACAGCUCAGAUUGGGACUCACUGAGAAUCAAUUCUCUGAAUGAUGGAUUGAUCAAUCCACUCUUUGUGCUUUCACAGGAAUCAGCAAAGUAUUGAUCUGAUAGUAUUUGAUCACUGAAUGUUUAAAGCUUUUGUUAUUAACAGAUUUUUAUAGCCUAAAUGAUGAGUUUUCCUAAGAAAUAUUACAUGUAUUUGACUAAGAAACAGAAUGUUUAAAGUCUGAUGAGUCACCUUUACUUUUGAUUAUUGAUUAAUCCACCGAUCGAGUUUCUUUGACCAGGCGUCCGGAUUUCCAGCUGUUAAUAAGUUAUUUAUUUCUUUGAUGUGGCUGUUGGAUUUUAAGCUUCAGGCAGGAGACUUUUAUUUUGACAGGGUCAGUUCCUGUGAAACUUUCCAGAUUUUUUUGGUUUUCAUCACCAGCUGAUGUAAUGUCAGACUGUUGAAGCUGCAGUUGGAGGAUGUCGACAUCCUUCAGUCUGUCGACGGAUCAGAACCUUCAGAAUCUGCUGAUGAUCCCAGCGCUCAGGCUGGAGAUGUCCACUAAACACAUACACACACACACACACACACACACACACACACACACACAGCUUCAGCAGCUCUCCGACCGCCAUCUGCUGUUGAAUUAUUCACCUCUGUCUCAUACACUCUAAAGUGUGUUUAAAGGAUUUGUGAGGUCUGUCAUGUGCAGACACAUCCUCCCUAGUCAUCAGAUAUUUAGUGUGUGUGUGUGUGUGUGUGUGUGUGUGUGUGUGUGUGUGUGUGUGUGUGUGAGUGAGUGAGAGAGAUAUACAUCUUUAAUGAUUCUUCUUCAUGCCUAUAAUUAGGCAGCUCCUCCCUGGCCUAGGUUAUGUUUUACUCCUUGUUGGUCACUAGUAGAGCCCGCUUUAGGGGCUUGGAUCUGGACCCUAACCGGGUUAUCUAGUUUUAUGAGGACACUGUAAGAACCCAAUGCCCUGUAGAGCUUUUAGUUGGCACACUAACCUGAUGUAGGUACCAGCUCUGCACGGGCCCUGCGCCUGCUGAUGACAUCACACCACCUGAUUGGCUGGAGGUUAAAUAUUUAGGUUGGUCCAGGAGCCACGUGAGUGUGAUGUGCUUGUGCAGCCGAACCUGCUCAGGGUUGUGACUAGGGCUGGGCAAUAAAAUCAAUAUCACGAUUUCACCUUGAUAACGAUAAACAGACGAUAACUACAGGUAUGCGCAGAAACAAAGGUUGUCCACUAGAUGGGGCUGUAAGAUGUAUCACGUUGAGUCACAUUUUUACGUGACUCAAGGUGGUACAGUUUCUUAAAGGGACAUGAACCUUAACCUACACAUCUUUUCAUUUUUAUCAUCACAUUUAUUGACAUGGGAAAAUAAUCUCGACAAAAGUCAGACAUUUGAUAACGAUAAAUUUUAGAUUUAUUGCCCAGUCCUCGUGGCUGUGCGAGGACGCGUCAACAACCUGUGUAGCAGAUACUUGUUCCCUGUUUGAAAUAACUUUAUUGAACAGACAUUGAGUUACAACAUAAAAACUCAAGUAUCUGCAUGAUUCUGAGAGCCAUUCUGUUGGUAGUGUCUGAUGCUGUAAUUGGUGAUGUCGUCAGCAGGACCUGGGCCCUGAGCGGCUCUGAUCCGGUGAACCUUCAACAGUUAGACCAACAACCAUAAGCUGAUCCGGACUGAACCAGUGUUCUGAUGGUUGUGUUUUUUUGUGUUGAUGUGUGAAUGCUCAACUAUCCAACGCUGGAGGACCAGAGUUCUGGACCCUCCUGGACUUACCUGAGGACACAUGAAGUGUUUACCUCCCAGCAGGAUGUCUAACCAGGGGGGUAUUUCCCGUAGCGAGCUAAUCCCAAAAUUCAGGCUCUCUUUGAAAAUCCCGGUUUACCUUCUGCUAAAUCAGCUCUACCACUGUGGCUAGCCAUUCACCAUGGUAACACAUGCUGGAGAACAAACCUGCUCCGUGGCAGGCUAGCAGCUAGGCUAGCUAAAGCUUUGUGAACAUGAUUGGACGAGACAAGUGACAUCACCUUUUUCUUGUGGGUGGCUGGCAGCUACGAGGUGGUGAAUUAGCGCCACCGCUGGCCCACAGCGGUAACUGCAGCUUUGGUCUUGAUGGCUGAAUUAUUAAUAACUGUGGAGUUGAAACAUGAGUUCCAACUGGAUUUACAUCCUUGUGUUUAAUCUUCAUUUGCAGCCAGGAGUGUUUGGUUCCACUGAUGUCAGCAUUAUUAAUAAUUAUGUAUCAGCUUUAGUCUGGGAUGGACCCGCAUCAUUAACAUGUAAAACUAGCUUACCGCUGCUAACAUAAUACAUGUAACAGGAAAUUCUUUAUUAACCCUAACCCGUGGCUAACACGCUAAUACCUGAGUAAAAUGACAUACGUGAUGUUGUCCCUCGAUGAGUAAUGUGUGAGCUAAAUGGUUUACAGCGUUAACUUUAGGGUCAUGUGACCACGAACGUAUGUUCUUAGACCUCACAGCUGCCCAGCAGAAACAAAGUCCUCCAGACUCUGGAGCAGAACAUGAAAACGACAUAAAUGAUGAAACUUUAAUUAAACAUGUUAAUGGCCUGUAUUUGAUAGUGCCUUCUAGAGUUUAAAAAAACGAAGCAGCGCAUCGCCACAGGCUGAACUCCUACGGUUACGGUUACCACACGGUGUGUCGUCCGUCAUCCUUCGCCCCACCCUUCCACCCCUAUGAAAACUAUCUGGGCGCGCCACUGUAAAUGGCCCGAGCAACCCGGCUUUACUCAAACAGCUCAUGAUAUCAUUUUAGUUCUGAUAUCUUUGUAGUCCUCGUAGACAGGAAUUAUUCAUUCUCUUCAGUCUGGGAGAAAUACGAGGCUCUGUCCUUUAUCAUUUAUCUGGCAUCGAUUAACAGGAUCUGCCUGCGGACUCGUGUGAUGCUCACUUGCUGCUUCCCGCUUUACUUGGAGAGGUCUGUACGUGAGCUUUGUUGGUGGUUACGGAUGAAUCCCUGAGUGAACCAGCAGGGAUUUACCAGGACAGCCCUGAUGUUCUGAGCUCGCUUAGAGAAAUAUCCUCCAGGACAUCUAGGUGAUUGUAGCCCCGCUUCCUUGCUCUGCUCCCACAGGUGCUGUUUCCUGUUGUGUUUUUGUUUCACUUCCUGUUGGGGAGAAACUCUCUGACUGUUAAACUCGGCUGAUGAUUUUAUUUUCUCAGUUUGUAAACGAUGUAUAUUUUAAAACAAAUAAAAUAUUUUAAACGUA